AUGCGGUUGUUGACCUUAAUUCUUUUGUGGUUUGUGUGCAGUGGCCAAGCAGCGCCAAUUAUGGAGGAGAAUGCAGUGAUUGCCGUAGAGUCAGAAUCCGCCAACAAUCCAACAACCACUUUGCCGCAAAUAUCUACGUCCGAUAUAAUAAGUUCCAACAGUGAGUCUGAGCCGAACUUCCAAAUGGCCGACAAGCAAGGUAUAAACGUAGCUGCAGAUAAUGCAGUUGAUGAGGAGGCCGCUGCAGCCGAGCGCAUGGCCACUGCCAUUGUGGCACCGCUGACGCACAUCGCGCAUAUCACUUACGACUCGGAGCCGGCGACGCACAAACCCAAUGAGGACAAGCCGCUCUUCCAUCGCGAAUCGCACGAUGAGUUGAUUGCGUUGUAAAGUUUGAAAAUCUAAAUUACAUAA